AUGGCCAGAACAAACUCUCUCAGUGCCACUAUUUUUAACCAUCUGCCAUACAGACUGCGUACGAUCAUCAUCCUUUACUUGCGGUUUAGGCGUAUCUGCAACAGGAUCAUCCUAGCGGUCUUCCUCUUCCUCAUUUAUAAAUUCCUACAUCGAGCCUUUGCAGGUAUAGCCUCCAGCUCCGAGGAGGUGUUUCGCUUUCCGGAGACCCGUUUCGCGUACGAGCGAAUGGAGACUUACCUCAAGAUCUACAUAUACCGGGACAGAGACCCCGGCGCGAACUUUCAGUCGCCGAGGGAGCUGACGGGGAUGUACGGGAGCGAGGCCUACUUCUUCAAGAAUAUCAAGGAGAGUGGAUUCCUCACCACAAAUCCUCUAAAGGCUCACCUUUUCUUUAUUCCCAUUUCUUGGCAUCAAAUGCGCACCGAGGGAACAUCUUAUGAGAAAAUGAUCACUAUAGUUGAGAAUUAUCUGGAGAGCAUAAUCUCAAAGUACCCCUACUGGAACCGAACUGAUGGAGCUAAUCACUUUUUUAUGAUAUGCCAUGACAUUGGUUUGGAGGUUACUGAUGGAGUUACAAUAUUUACUAAGAAUUUAGUUCGACUUGUGUGUCCAGCUACCUAUCAUACUCAUUCUCUUCCAUUCGGAGAUAUUCCCCUCCCUCCAGUAAAUCAAUCAUUUUCUCAUCCACCUGGAGGAAAUGCUCUGCCUCAAGUUAAUAGGACAAGGAUUGAUCCCUGGGCAGGCAUUCCCAAUUCUUUAAUAAGAGCAAGUCUGGAAGAACAGUGGAAAGAUGUUACCGAACUUGAAUCAGAACGUGUGUGGAAUGAUACUGCUGAAGGAUAUCUGCUACUUCAUGACAAAAUUCACAGGACUAAGUUCUGCAUAUGCCCUCAUGGAUUCCCAGCCAAUACUGCCCUUAUAGCAGACUCGAUCCGUUAUGGAUGUAUUCCUGUUAUCUUUACAAACUACACGGAUUACCCAUUCGCUGAUACUCUUGACUGGAAAAAAUUUUCAAUAAUACUGGACAAGGAUGAUGUGAAUCAGCUCAAGGACACUCUUAAAGGCAUACGAGAAGCAGAUUUCACUGUAAUGCAAAACAACUUGAAUCAGGUCCAGAAGCACUUCCAAUGGAACUCACCUCCACUCAGAUUCGAUGCAUUCAACAUGGUAUUGUAUGAUCUCACUGUGCUCGCCAAUGUUUGA